AGCAUCAUAUAGAGUACUUGCACAAAUACAAACGACUGGGCUUCACCCUCAGAGUUCUGGGUCUGGGACGGGUCUGGGACGGGCCUGGGAAUUUUCACGUCUAACUAGAUUUCCCAGGUAGCGCUGACACUGCUGGUAAGGGCACCACACUCUUCGAUCUACUGUAAUGGGACCUCUGCCGAUCUCCUCCGGAUUAAGACAGUUCGAAGUUCUCUGCAUCACUGCUGCAGAGGAACCCCGUGUGCUUAGGGCAGGCGGCAUUUAGAGAAGAUGAUCUGCGCGGGAUUGCCACAAGCACAUUCCCUCCCAGGCCAGUUCCUGACGCUGAUAAACAAAAAUACAGAUAUUCGCUCAACAGCCGCUGAGGAUCAAGACAACCGACUCCUUGCGGAAUCUCUCCUCGCACGUGACCGCUGGGCGUCUACACUCAUAUAAGUCCUCUACCUCCUCCCCAGCCCGGGGCGGACGGUCCAAGUGGAGGCGCGGAACAGCCGGAGCGACCGCGACCCGCGAUGGCGCUGCUGGGCGCUCUUGUCUGCUGCCUGCUGGCCACCUGGCACAGCCGUCGGGGCCUCGCGCUGCCCCUGGCUCCCACUGGCGGCCAGAGUCCCCCUCCCGUGGUGGGACAGUUUUGGCAUGUGACUGACUUGCACUUAGACCCUACUUACCACAUCACAGAUGACCACACAAAAGUGUGUGCUUCAUCCAAAGGGGCAAACGCCUCCAAUCCUGGCCCUUUUGGAGAUGUUCUGUGUGAUUCUCCUUAUCACCUCAUUUUGUCAGCAUUUGAUUUUAUUAAAAAGUCAGGACAAGAAGCAUCUUUCAUGAUAUGGACAGGGGAUAGCCCACCUCAUGUUCCAGUGCAUGAACUCUCAACAGACAGAGUCAUAAAUGUGAUUGCUAAUAUGACAACCACUGUCCAGAGGCUCUUUCCAGAUCUCCAGGUUUUCCCUGCACUGGGUAAUCAUGACUACUGGCCACAGGAUCAACUGCCUAUAGUCACCAGUGAGGUGUACAAUGCAGUAGCAAACCUCUGGAAACCAUGGCUGGAUGAGGAAGCUAUAAGUACUUUAAGGAAAGGUGGCUUUUAUUCACAGAAAGUUUCGACUAAUCUGAACCUUAGGAUCAUCAGUCUCAACACAAAUUUGUACUACAGCCCAAAUGUCGUGACCCUAAAUAAGACUGACCCAGCGAAUCAGUUUGAAUGGCUAGAAAAUACACUGAACAUCUCUCAGCAAAAGAAGGAGAAGGUGUACAUCAUAGCUCAUGUUCCAGUGGGGUAUCUGCCUUAUUCAAAGAGCACCACGGCAAUGAGAGAAUACUAUAAUGAAAAACUGAUAGAUAUUUUUAGAAAAUAUAGUGACAUCAUUGCAGGACAAUUUUAUGGACACACUCACAGAGAUAGCAUCAUGGUGCUUUCAGACAAAAAAGGAAAUCCAAUAAAUUCUUUGUUUGUGGCACCUGCUGUUACCCCAGUGAAGAAUGUUUUAGAAAAACUGACCAACAAUCCUGGCAUCAGACUAUUUCAGUAUGAUCCUCGUGAUUAUAAAUUAGUGAAUAUGCUGCAGUACUACUUGAACCUGACUGAUGCUAAUCUAAAGGGAGAAUCCAAUUGGAAGCUGGAGUAUAACCUGACCCAGACCUAUGACAUUGAAGAUUUGCAGCCAAAAAAUUUGUAUGGAUUAGCUAAACAAUUUGCAAUCCUAGACAGUAAACAGUUUAUAAAAUACUACAGUUACUUCUUUGUGAGUUAUGAUACCAGUGUAACUUGUGAUGAGACAUGUAAGGCCUUUCAGAUUUGUGCAAUUAUGUAUCUUGAUGUUAUUUCUUAUACAGACUGCCUCAAACAUUACAUAAAACGCAAUCCAUAGUAGUUCACAGUUUAUACUCAGAAAAUUUGACAUUGCUCUAUUUCUGAGAUCACUUUGUGGGAAUUGUUAUGCAAAUCUCUGUGAGUUACUGAAUGUGAGAAGAAUUACUGUCUUUGGUUUUUUAUAAUGCCCAAAUAUAGAAAUUUUUAACAUUCUAAAUUUUUCAUUAUAUUGAAUAUAUUUAAAUUUCCCAUUACGCGAAUGAUUUUUGGAUGUAAAUAUCUAAUCUUCCGGUUUAUAUAAUUAUAUCUAAUUUAUACUCUUGUUGAAAUUGUCAUUUAUACAAUAAAACAAAUUACUUUUCCCUAAGUAUGAUGAAUUAUUUUUAAUAUGGGAGUGUUCAGUCUUUUAAUUCAUUCUUGUGGAAACUUCAUGUGGAAAUUGAGGUUCAAACUAUUUAAGUACCAUGACGUUAACACUGUUCAUGCACUAUCUAUACCCUUGGGAAAACACCAAGGUUGCAUUAGGGUUGUCUUGGAGUCUAUGAAACAUCAUGGGACAUGUUCUCACUUGCUGUCUUCAUUCUGUGAGUUGAAGGGGAGUCCUCUUUAGUAUCACUAAGUGUCAAGGAAGAGAGUAUCAUAAGUUGCACUUAAUGCAACUGCAAUACUAGCACAAGGCCUAGGUCCUAACCCAGUGUCUGGUACUUAGUAAAUACUUGCUGAAGUGAAUUCACAGAUAGGAAUAUUUCUCAAAGAAAUAAGCUAGGGUGCAGAGGUGGCAUUUUCUUUGCCAUGCUAUUCCAGGAGAGGAUGAAAAUGAGCUUUUAUUUCAUGGAACGAUUUUUAGAGUUCUCCCAUGGUUGCUUGCUUCUCUUGAGCUUCUCUCAAGAUGUUUUUUGCUUCCAGCCUAAGUGGGAGAAUUAAAGUAGAAGAGAAGAGAAGGAGGUAGAGAGGUCUGGGGGAAGAGAUUUUACACCCCCAUACUCUGGCUUGCUGUAGAAGACACACAGUCAGCAGCCUUACUGAGGCCAGCCAAAGAGGAGAGUGCAACUCAUUAUCCAUGGGACUCAUCUAACUUUAUGCGCAAAAAAAUGAUUAUAGCUAUAAGUUCUCAUCUUAAUGAAACCAAAGAAGCCUAAUUUCCAGAGGACAGAGAAUGUGAAUAUUACGAAAUAAAAACAUUACAUCUAAGCAACUAUCAAUAUUCGUUAGGUAAACUUUAAAAAAAAAUUAGGUUCAAAAAUAAAUUAGCAAGUUUUAAAAGUGAAACACAGCAAAAAUUUAUUCUUAUAAAAUAAUAAUCACAUUGUUUAGAACUUGUCCUACCUGCCUUUAUAUUUAAAGUUGGUAUUGUCAAAUUAUUACAUCAUGCAUUUAUAUAUUCUUAUAUGUAUGGACAGAAGUUUUAAGAAAAUAGGUUUGCGCAUGUAAGGAACAUUUUAAAAUAGUGCAACCAAAGGUGACAUGAGCUGAUUCAGUGAGUCCCAGAAUGGGAAGGAAACAAGUCUGGGUUUGUGAGAUAAUUGUGGAGGAUAUUCUUGCUUCUGCUGGGGAUUUGAGGCAGUGAACAUUUAGAGUCCUUCCCACAUGAUUCUACAGUUUAAUUUUUUUUUCGUCUUUUUUUUUUUAGGCCCACACCCAUGGUAUAUGAAGGUUCCCAGGAUAGGUGUUGAAUUGGAGCUGCAGCCAGCAGCUCUUGCCACAGCCGCAGCAACAAGGGAUCUGAGCGGCAUCUACACCAUGGCUUUUAGCAAUGCCAGAUCUUUAACCCACUGAGUGAGGCCAGGGAUUGAACCCUUAUCCUCAUGGAUAGUAGUCGGGUUCUUAACCCACCAAGUCACAACAGGAACUCCUACAGUUUAAAAAAUUUAAUGUUACCUUUUGUAUGCUGUUUGCUUUUACCUUAAAAUAGAAAUAAAUAAUCUUAAAGUUUGAGUAACAUUUAGCAAUGUUAUCAGUAUAUAGUUAAUAAAUUUUCCAUUCUAAAAUCAGAACAUGUUACAAUUAUUUAUUGUGGUUUAUUUCAGAUCAUGUUCAAAAAUGUAAUAAAUUUUAUUAUGCCCACAGUAAAA